UUCCUGUCGCUUCAUCUUGAACUGAAACACAACAAACCCGUGGAGAUGUUGUCGUAAAUUUUUAAAAACGGGAUAUUUUUGUUUCGCGCUUCAGCGUCAUGUGUUAUAAGUGAAUUCCUGGUCAUACUAGCCUGUAUUGCUGAGAAAUAUGGAUAUUUCGACGCCUCCAGAAGAUCAAGAGCUGCGCAAUGUCAUUGACAAACUGGCGCAGUUUGUCGCCAGAAAUGGACCCGAAUUUGAAAAGAUGACCAUGGAGAAGCAGAAGGACAACGCCAAGUUCUCGUUUCUGUUCGGAGGGGAAUUUUUUGGCUACUACAAGUAUAAACUGGCCAUCGAACAGCAGCAGCAUUCUGGCACUCAUGAUGAUGAAUAUAAAAUGGAAGUGAUUUCUAAUCUUCCGGGUAAUGAAGCGGCCGAUGUUUCUGCGUCGAUGGCGAUUCUCGGCCCUCCAGCAAUCCCGGCGGCAGCACCGUCAAUGGAGGAGCUCAUCCAGCAGAGCCAGUGGAACCUGCAGCAGCAGGAGCAGCACCUGCUCAGCCUCAGACAGGAGCAAAUAACGGCUGCCAUUUCUCUGGCGAUGGAGCAGCAGAUGCAGAAGCUGCUGGUGGAGACGCAGCUGGACAUGAACGAGUUGGACAACCUUCUCCAGCCCAUAAUAGACACCUGCACCAAAGACGCCAUUUCUGCUGGGAAGAACUGGAUGUUCGGUAAUGCCAAGACGCCGCAACACUGCGAAUUGAUGGCAUCACAUCUCCAAAACCGCAUCACUGCUGACGAGGCACAUUUUGAGCUCCGCCUACAUCUCAUCUAUCUGACCAAUGACGUCCUGCAUCACUGUCAGAGGAAAAAUCAGAAGGAUCUUUUGGCGGCUCUACAGAAGGUGGUGGUUCCCAUUUACUGCACGAGUUUCCUGGCUGUAGAGGAGGACAAGCAGCAGAAAAUCACACGGCUGCUGCAGCUCUGGGAGAAGAACGGCUACUUUGAUGAUGUCACCAUUCAGCAGCUUCAGAGUCCAGCGUUGGGCCUCGGACAGUAUCAGGCAUCGCUCAUCACCGAGUACGCGCCGGUUGUGCAGCCCAUACAGAUGGCGUUUCAGCAGCAGAUUCAGGCUCUGAAGACGCAACACGAGGAGUUCGUCUCCAAUCUGAAUCAGCAGCAGACGGUGGCCGCAGCAGCAGUGGGCGUCGCUCAACUCACACCUGCGGAUGCCGAAGUCACGAGCCAGACGCCAAUCGCCUCUCAGCCUGCAGAUCUGAAGCCUCCAUUGUCUGGUCCUCCAUCCAGUGAAUAUGAAGGGUCUCAGAACCGGUCGUCAGACUCGAACCCUGCUCUGUCACCUGAAAUGUCCUCCUCUAAACAAGGCUGGUUCGAUCCACAGCACAACAUGCCAGCGUGGAACCCACAACAGCCUCCACCGUUCGACCCGAGUCAAGCUCCGCCUCCCUGUCCACCCUGGAACAGCCACGAGGGCCUGUGGAAUGAGCAGCGGGACCCCAACUGGAGUGACCCUCGAGACGGAGGCCCCUGGAGUGGCCAGAAUGAUCCCCCGCCAUCCUGGAGCGGCCAGUAUGAGCAGCCGCCUUGGAGCAGCCAGCAGGAUCAGCCUCCGCCGUGGGGCCAGAGGGAGCCUCCGUUCCGCAUGCAGCGUCCGCCACACUUCCGUGGACCAUUCCCUCCGCAUCAGCAGCCACCGCCGUUCAACCAGCCGCCGCCGCCACCUCAUAAUUUUGGACGCUUCCCGCCGAGAUUCAUGCAGGAUGAUUUUCCUCCACGGCAUCACUUUGAGCGGCCGCCGUUUCCACCGCACCACUUCGACUAUCCACAGGGAGACUUUCCUGGAGAGAUUGGUCCACCGCCGCAUCACCACCCGAACCAGCGGAUUCCUCCUCCGGGAAUGUCUGAUCCUCCUCCAUGGGGUGGGAACCAGCAUGAGUUCGGACCUCCACCCCACGGCUUCAACGGUCAGGCUCCGCACAUGAGACGCCACAACCCGCCACACGUCAGUCAGGACGACCCCAGUCUGGUGCCCAACGUGCCCUACUUUGACCUGCCCGCCGGACUUAUGGCACCACUCGUGAAGCUGGAAGAUCAUGAUUAUAAGCCUCUGGAUCCUAAAGAUAUCCGUCUGCCACCGCCGAUGCCCCCUAGUGACCGUCUGCUGGCUGCAGUCGAGGCCUUUUACAGCCCACCGUCACACGACAGACCCCGAAACAGCGAGGGCUGGGAGCAGAACGGACUGUACGAGUUCUUCCGGGCCAAAAUGAGAGCCAGGCGGAAGAAGGAGCAGGAUAAACGCAACAGUACCCGAGGGAGUCGGUCCCGCAGCCGGUCGCACAGCCGAGGACGAUCCUCGUCACACUCCAGCUCCAGAUCUUCCAAAUCCUCUCGCUCCAGAUCCCGAUCCAGAUCUCGCUCUCGUUCCCGCUCCUACUCCAGAUCUCGCUCCAGGAGCCAGAGCCGCUCCAGAUCCAGAUCCGGAAGUCGCUCUCGCUCUAAAUCCAGAUCUAGAUCACGAUCUCCAGAAAAGCAUCCCCAUGCCACAAAAUCACGCAGUCCGACACCACCCUCCACAUCUGGUUUGGGUUCAAGCUCUGCUGCGAUACCUCCUGACCUCAGACUGGGAGAAGAAAACAAGGGUCAUCAGAUGCUCAUGAAGAUGGGCUGGAGUGGCUCAGGAGGUCUCGGCGCUAAAGAGCAAGGAAUUCAAGACCCGAUCAAAGGCGGAGACGUGCGGGACAAGUGGGAUCAGUAUAAAGGAGUGGGAGUUGCUCUGGAUGACCCGUACGUGAACUACAGGAGGAACAAGAGCUACAAUUUUGUUGCUAGAAUGAAAGCGAGAGAAAAAGUAAGCAGAGACCCGCAGGAGCCCGCGAGCACCGAGUGAUCAACCGUGGUCUGUUUUAUACUGUAGAUGUCCCAGAGCAAUUUUUCACAUUUACUUUGGAUGUUUUAUCUUGCCCUCUGUUCAUUUUUGUAGUAAAAUGCAUCUAAGCAUCAAACUGUAACUCGCAGAAGUGUCAGUGUCAUCGCCAGUGUUUCGUUGGAAUAAUCGGAAACUCUGUACAAGCAAAAUAAAGACUUAUUAAAAAGGG